AUGAGCGGGCCACAACAUGUCCGUGAUGAACGGGCCCCACAAGGAAGACCAAGAAAAAAAAGUCCCGCCGGGCCGGGCGUGCGGCCCUCGUCCGUGUCCUCGCAGCCCACGGUGUCCUCCGGGUGCGCCGACUUGGACCGGCUCUUGGGCCACCAGGGCCUCCCGCUCUCGAGCUCGCUUUUGGUGGAGGAGUCCGGCGCCACGGACUUUGCGGCCGUGCUCAUGCGCGCGUUCGUGGCGCAGGGCGUGGUGCACCACCGCGCGGCGUCAGGCUCGCCCGGCUGCCACGUCGUGGUGGUGGGGCCGCCGGCCGACUGGGCCAAGGACCUCCCCGGCGAGUACCGCGGCUCGGCCAAGGACCAGAAAAAGGCGCGGCUCGCGCGCGACGCGUCGCAGGUCAGCGUGGCCAACUUGGCCGAGCGCGACUUGAAGAUCGCCUGGCGCUACGGGCUCUCCACGAACGCCGCGGGCGCGGCCGCGGGCGGCGCCGCACGGCUGCCGGACGCCACGGGCCCGGCCGGCUACGUCUCGCAGUUCGACAUCACGCAGCGCUUGGUGCCGGGCGCCGGCGCCCAGGAGAUCACGUUCGUGCCCGUGCACACGGACUUCGCGCAGGUGGCGGCGGCAGUGGCACAGGUCACGCGCCGCCACACGCGGCAGGGCAAGGUGGUGCGCAUCGCCGUGCCAGGGUUCCUCAGCCCGGCGCUCUACCCGCCGCAGUGCAGCCGGCCCACGUACGUGGUGCCCUUGGUGCACCUGCUCCGCGGGCUUUUGGCGGCCGAGCCGGCCGCGGUGCUCAUGAUGACGCUCGCGCUCGACUUGUACCCGCGGGCCGGGCUCGUCGCCCACAUGGUCGAGACGCUCGUGGACGGCGUGGUGCACUUGCAGCCGUUCAAUCCGGACAUGGCCGCGUUGAUCGAGCGCGCGUACAAGAACGAGCCGGCCAAGAUCCAGCACGGCUUGGUCCACGUGGUGAAGGUGCCGUGGCUCUCGGCGCGGGGCAUGAUGAUGGAGGCCGCGGGCGAGUAUGCGUUCAAGAACGGGCGCAAGAAGUUUGAGAUCGACGACUGGGGGAUCCCGGUGGACGACGCCGCGGAGCCGGCCGCGACGACGCAGAACGUCGACUUCUAG